AUGAAUGAAUUACUUUUUAAUUUUUUGACUUUAAUAACAGCGAAACAUAACCGAGUGGAAUUCGAGCAGUAUCCUGGAGUCUUGAAAACAUGGGAUGAGGCCGUUGAAUGCUGCAAAGAUAAAGGAGGAGAACUCGCUUGGUUUGAAGAUAAAUCGCAGUUUGACGAAUUUUUGGAGCUAAACCCAACAAGAACAUGGCUAGGAGGAUCCGAUUCUGUUAACGAAGGGACCUGGCUUUCGGUUUCUCGAGAAUCAAUGCAUUUGAAAUGGUCCUCCGGUCAGCCAGACAACUGGAAUGGAGGAGAAGACUGUUUGGUGUUUAAUUAUUGGGGCAACAAUCUGAUGAACGACUGGAAAUGCUAUUACAUAGCUGGAGUUUCUUGCAGAUUUGAGCCCGAGCAAGACCCGGAUGUCUUCAUAAGCGUUGACGAAAUACCAGGAUAUGAAACUUAUAAAGUUUGUUCGACAAACGAGAUUUAUACGAGGAUAAGGGAUGAAUAUUUUUCAAAAAUUCAACGCCUGAAAGGAACCCUCUUCUAUUCAGACUUGAAAAAAAGCCUUGCAAGAGGAUGCCCUUAA